UCAUCCGCAAGAAAACUGGGCAAGGAAGAAAAAGCAUCAAGAAAACACCAGCACCGGCUCAACUUCACGCACUUCCGUGGGAUUGUCAUUCGACAAAAGAAAAAGUGCGGGAUAGAUGCAGUGUGCCUCGUUGUCGCGAUUUCGGAAACCAAAGCCCCUGAAUCUACCUAAACGGGAAACGCACCAAAUAGAGAGAAGAACUCGUCCUAACGACUCCUUCUCUGCCUUUUCUUCUCGUGUCAGGAGCGGAGGAAGAAAGCCGAGAACGGCUGUUUGCCGAAUCGUGCUGCUGUUCCGUGACGAAAACAACCUGCGAAGGUUUCCCAAGCCGUUGGAAAGACGGUCACAAAGAGUUUGGCUACUUUGGGAACCCGCAGAGUUGGAGACGAAAGCACGGAAAAUAACCAACAAACGAGCACCCGGAGAAGAGGAAAAGUGCCAAGUAAUCCCGGCAACUGAACCGGCAAACGGAAGGGAAAAAGUUCCCGAGAGCCCCUUCACAAAAGGGGCUCUCUUUUUCCCCUUCUUUUCUUCCUCUUUUUCUCCCAGGAGUUGGUCAACGGUGUGCGAGCGGACAACAGUACGCGUGCGGAAACAAGCGGGAACCGAAGAGCAUCAGAAAGCAGUUCGACAGUGGUCGAUGGUCAUCAAGGAAUCGCAGGACUUCCGGAGAAGCCGGAAUUCAUCGCUACAAGGUACCAGACGGAGAUUCGACAGUGGUCGAGGAGUUCGAGGGAACCGGAAACAGAUUCCGGAAGAAUCCGGAUUGCACGGAGGAGAAUUUCACCAGAAAAGUGCUCGACAGUGGUCGAGAGUAUCAGAGGAACGGUUCGUGGUUUUCCGGAACAAUCCGGGUAGAAGCUGCACGGAAUCGAAGCCGACGGCUGCCGGUGGAGAACGAUUCGGCCUUGACGCAGGCCAGAGAAUCGUCGUCGACCGAAGAAGGCAAUCUACCGCAACCGCAAGUAUGCUGUCAGGACAUCCAAAUGCGAAUUGUUGCUGCGUUCGCCACCCGAGCGAUUUCUGCGAUUUCUGGGUCAACGAUGACCGACCAAUUGAUCGUCAUUCUUGGGACGAAUCGAGUCCGGAACAUCCAGUGAAAUGCACGUAAGUCAGCUGUUUAUUCAUUGCUUUCACACACCAUAAAUAAUCAGAUGAAUGAGCCUGAGGGCAAAAUAAAAAGGAUGGCUUGACCAUCAAUAAUUUGUUUGAGAAAUGUAAUGACAUGUUUAAAUUUAUUGCUUUUGCUUAGAACAACCUGAGCUAGCCUGGCAAAGAGGAAGAAACAAUUCUCUUCUUCUUUUCCUUAA